GAGGCGGGGCCCUCUGGGGGCGUGGUCGGAGUGAAGCUGGGUUCUGCGGGGCGGGCCCAAGAUUGUUAGUUACUCCCCUGGGUGGGGCCAAUGGGUGUGAGUUGGGAGCACGGGGCUCGGGUGAUAGGACGUGACACAGAGAGGGUUAUUGCAGUAGGUGAACGUUGCAAGCCAUUAGCGUGUUGGAUUCUGCGGACAUAGAGGUCACAGACAGUCGCCUUCCUAAUGCCACUUUCGUGGAACACCGGCUACAGCCACCCUUCCCACAGCUCUAUUUGUCUGCAGUCAUAACCACACUUGUAACCAUGGAUUCUUCCCAUCAUCCCAUGUCCUACUCAGAGGAGUCUGUCUCAUUAAUCUUCUGAGGCCUUAAGACCUGGCUCUCACAACAUAUUUAAAGUUGUAGGGCACAGUAACGUGCACACAGUAGGCGUUCACGAAGGAAUGAAUACUUGGCAAGAAUGAACCCGCCUUCUACCACGCCUGCCUUCCCCAAGAACUACAUUUCCCAGUACGCUUGGCACCACGCCCUCUCGUGAAAUAAAAAGAACGGCAAUUACUUCCUAAGGCCUCUAUCCGCCUUCGCCUGCCUGUGUCGCAGUGUUUCAUGGGAAAGGUAGUUCUAGUGCUUGUGGCCAAGCCUCGGCAAAGUGAGCGCAAACUAAACUUCCCAGCAAGCAGCGCGCCGGUCUGGGAAGAGGGGCAAGAUGGCGGGAGCCGAGGAUGGUGUUUUGCGAUCGUCGGGAUCCUCCACUGCCCCAAUUUCAUUCAGCUUCAGUCGCACGUCCGUCCGGAGACGGCUGGCGGGAGACGCGGCUCCGGAGGAGAAGGAUUUCUUGAAGACCGUGGAAGGGAGAGAGCUGCAGAGUGUGAAGCCCUCAGAAGCCCCAAAAGAACUUGUCAUCCCUUUGAUCCAGAAUGACCGUCUCAGGCAGCCACCAACCCAGGCCCUUGGGCCAUCUGCACAUACUGAGGUCUUGGUGGAUGGGAUGCUUUCCCAGGCUGUGAAGGAGCUCAUUGAGGAAUCCAAGAAGUCUCUGGAGGAGAGAGAGACUGCGGGUGUCGACCCCACGCUCACUAUCCCCAUGAUCCAGAAAGGAUGCAUCCCCAACGGGGACGUGGCAGACAGCGAACCCCGGGCUGAGACAGUGCCGGAGGAGGCUGAUUACGAGGCAGUCCCUGUGGAGGCCUAUGGGCUGGCCAUGCUGCGGGGCAUGGGCUGGAAACCUGGCGAGGGCAUCGGCCGUACCUUCAAUCAAGUGGUGAAGCCCCGUGUCAACACUCUGAGGCCCAAGGGGUUAGGACUGGGUGCCAACCUGACUGAGGUCCAGGCCCUGGCCCCCACUGGCCCACAUUGCCUGCCGAGGCCAGAUGAAGAGCAAGAGAAGGAUAAGGAAGACCAGCCUCAAGGACUGGUGCCUGGAGGAGCUGUGGUGGUUCUUUCUGGCCCUCACCGAGGCCUCUAUGGGAAGGUGGAAGGCCUUGAUCCUGACAAUGCUCGGGCCAUGGUCCGUCUGGCUGUGGGGAGCCGCAUGGUGACUGUUAGUGAGUACUGCCUGCGGCCUGUCUCCCAGCAGGAGUUUGACAGGAACUCCUUGGAUCUGAGCCAGGUGAGCAGAACUUCCCUAGGGCAACAGAACGGAACGACCUUGUCACAGAAGGCCCUUCAGGAUCAGGACCUCCAUGUCCGGCGGGAGGACUCACAGAGGAAGCGGACACACCGUCCAGUUCGGUGGGACCCUGAGCAUCUCAGACAGGAUGGGCCUGCAGCCAAGAGUGAGAAAGCAGCCUCCAGGAGUCAGCACUGGCUGUACAGGGACCUGCGCGUGCGGUUUGUGGACAAGCUGCACAAGGGCGGCCAGUAUUACAACACCAAGAUGAUAAUCGAAGAUGUCCUGAGCCCAGAUACCUGUGUGUGUCGGACAGAUGAAGGCCAGGUCCUGGAAGGCCUGAGGGAAGACAUGCUGGAGACUCUGGUCCCCAAGGUCCAGGGCAACCGGGUGAUGGUGGUGCUGGGGCCACGGGCUGGAAGGGUGGGCCGUCUGCUGGACUGGGACAGAGAGCGGAGCCGGGCUCUGGUGCAGCUGCGGAGAGAGAAUCGGGUGGUGGAGCUUCACUAUGAUGCCAUCUGCCAGUACGUGGGCCCCAGCGACUCGGAGGAAGACUGACCUGUGGACAUACUCCCAUCCCCCGGGCUGUUACCGAUCCUGUACAGUGUGAAAAGCCUGCCUUCAUGAAGGUGGGGGGGGGGGGGUCAUAGUUCCGAUCUCCACUUGCAGUGCAGCCCUGGGACAGGAUGGACCAGAAGGGAGCCUAGAAACAAACCCAGUACUUACCAGAAGUUAGUAUAUAAUAAAAACGAGUUCAGAUACUUUGUACACGAA